GAGAGCUUUCCUCUUUCGGCUCCCACCCCGCUCCGCCAUCAUCAAGUCCCGAACAAAAACGAAUGAGAGUCGAGCAAAAUGACGAGAACGCGGCCUGGGAACGGUGCUCACAGGCAACUCUAAAAGUAAUGACACCUCGAAGUGGCCCGCGGAAUGGAGCCGUGAAAGUGAAUGAACCAGUUCCUUGUUAAUGUCGUCCCGGGCCGUUUGCGGCGGUAGGUUGUUUGGUUAGCGCUUGCAGCUAACGAACGAAUCCGACUGAAGGGAUCCCUCGUCGGCUGUGCCACUGGCUAGAUUCGCUGACCCGGUGCUAUCUGCGAGCUGUCAGCGCACUUGACCGUCGUAUUACUAAUGUCAUCGCGAGAUGAAUCACUAGCUGUCCGACUGACCGGGAGCUUCGGGAUGGCGAGGAGGCAGUAUGGUGUUUAUUCGUGUUGAAUAGACAUCAGCGACGAGCGAAAGGGAGCCAGACCACUAUUUUCCAGCAGGCCAGUCAGCUAGCUUCCGCUAGCUACAGUGGAUCCCAUAAACCACGGCGCUGGCCAUGCCAUCGAGUGUGCGGGCCGGGAGCCUGAAGGACCCGGAGGUGGCUGAGCUGUUCUGCAGGGAGGAUCCUGAGAAGCUCUUCACAGACCUGAGGGAGAUUGGACAUGGCAGCUUCGGAGCGGUCUAUUUUGCCCAUGACAUCCGCACCAAUGAGGUGGUGGCCAUCAAGAAGAUGUCUUACGGAGGCAAACAGUCGAACGAGAAAUGGCAGGACAUUAUCAAGGAAGUGAAGUUUCUUCAGAAGCUGCGUCACCCAAACACUGUUGAGUAUCACGGCUGCUACUUGAGAGAGCACACAGCAUGGCUGGUGAUGGAGUACUGUCUGGGCUCAGCCUCAGAUUUGUUGGAAGUCCACAAAAAACCCCUCCAAGAAGUGGAAAUAGCGGCCAUAACCCAUGGGGCAUUGCAAGGACUGGUUUAUCUUCACUCGCACAACAUGAUUCACAGAGAUGUGAAGGCAGGAAACAUCUUGCUCACAGAACCAGGACAGGUGAAGCUGGGAGACUUUGGUUCUGCCUCCAUUGUUGCGCCAGCCAACUCCUUUGUGGGGACACCUUACUGGAUGGCCCCAGAAGUGAUCCUGGCCAUGGAUGAAGGUCAAUAUGAUGGAAAGGUGGAUGUGUGGUCUCUUGGCAUUACCUGCAUUGAGCUGGCGGAAAGGAAGCCUCCUCUAUUCAACAUGAAUGCGAUGAGUGCCUUAUAUCACAUCGCCCAGAAUGAGAGUCCUGUGCUGCAGUCAAAUCACUGGUCAGAUUACUUCCGCAAUUUUGUGGAUUCCUGUUUGCAGAAGAUCGCCCAGGACAGACCUACCUCCGAUGUGUUGCUCAAGCACCAUUUCCUAUGCAGAGAGCGUCCCAUGACUGUAGUGAUGGACCUCAUUGCACGCACCAAGGAUGCUGUCCGUGAACUAGACAACCUUCAGUACCGGAAAAUGAAGAAAAUCCUCUUUCAUGAGGCCCACAAUGGUCCUGCUCCAGAAGGAGGUGACGAAGAAGAGGAUGUGGAGCAGUACAUGCUACGCACAGGUACAGUCAACAGCAUGGAGAGCUCCCACUCGCUACCGUCCAUGUCCAUCAGCGCCAGCUCCCAGAGCAGCUCAGUAAACAGCCUGGCCGAUGGUUCUGAUGACAGCGGGGAGAUGGCCAUGAUGCAGGAAGGAGAGCACACAGUGACCUCCAACAGUUCCGUCUUGCACAAGCCACUGAGCCAUGACAAUAUCUAUGAUGACCCCUAUCAACCAGAGGUUGACUCCCAAAGGGAGGCUUCCUCUGCUGGUGGUGGUGGUGGAGGAGGAGGAAGACGUCGUCGCAGAGACCACUUUGCUACCAUCAGGACAGCAUCUCUUGUCACUCGUCAGAUCCAGGAGCACGAGCAGGGCUCUGCCCUGAGAGAGCAGAUGUCGGGGUACAAACGGAUGCGGCGUCAGCACCAGAAGCAGCUGAUGGGCCUGGAAAACAAGCUGAAGGCCGAGAUGGAUGAGCACCAGCUGAGGCUGGACAAAGAGUUGGAGAAUCAAAGAAACAACUUUUCAUUGGAAGGAGAGAAGCUAUCAAAGAAGCACUUGGCUAUCAUGGAUAAAGAGACAAAGGCAGUCCUGACAGAAGAGAAGAAGUUCCAACAGCACAUCCUGGCUCAGCAGAAGAAGGAGUUGACAAGUUUGCUGGAGUCCCAAAAGCGACAAUAUCGUCAACGCAAAGAGCAGCUCAAAGAGGAACUAAAUGAGAACCAGUCCACACCAAAGCGGGAGAAGCAGGAGUGGUUGGUGCACCAAAAGGAGUGCAUGCAACAGCUGCAGGCUGAGGAGGAGUCGGGUCUGCUGCGCCGGCAGAGGCAGUAUUACGAGCUCCAGUGUCGUCAGUACAAGAGGAAGAUGCUGCUGGCUCGCCACAACUUGGAGCAGGACCUGCUCCGAGAGGACCUGAACAAGAAGCAGACUCUGAAGGACCUGGAGUGUGCUAUGCUGCUGCGCCACCACGAGUCCACCCAGGAGCUGGAGUUUCGGCAGCUUAGUUUGGUGCAGCGCACUCGGGCCGAGCUGAUCCGCACUCAGCACCAAACGGAGCUCACCAACCAGAUGGAGUAUAACAAAAGACGCGAGCAGGAGCUGCGUCAGAAACAUGCUAUGGAGGUCCGUCAACAGCCCAAAAGCCUGAAAGUGAGUGAGAGCACCACCACCACUCAGAGCCAGGCACCACAGAGUGGCUCCUGGGAGGAGGGGAAGCUGGUGGAGGUUGUAGAUCCUGAGCUGGAGAGUCAGUCGGACGACGAAAAGAUUUCUGAUGAUGGGGUCACAGAAGGAGAUGAUGGAUACACAGUUGACGUCUGUGCUGAAGACGAGGAGGUGGAGUUAGGGAGGGACCACAAGAAUGUUAAACAAGAUGAUACUGAAGAGAGAAUACCAAAUAUUACGGAGGAGGAAGAGGAUUGGCAAUUAAAUGAGGAAGAGCUAGAGGUGAGGGAGGUGGAGGGAGAUCAUGGGGAGGAAGAGCACGGUGAGGAAGAGGAUGAUAGCAAGGCUACACAGUUGGAUGCAGAAGAAGAGGAAGAAGGUCGGGGUGUGGCUGACGGGUGUUCAUCUGAGUUUAUAUCCAUGCCCAUUGAAAAGAGAAGACCCCCAGAGCGAGAGUUUGAUGAGCUCUCAGAGUUUUAUUUCCAUGAAAAUCCAGAGGAGUUGGAUCCUGGGCCGGCACCGCUUCCCCCUCCACCUCCCCAGUCAUCUUUCCCUUCUCUUUUCUCUCACAUCAUCUGCCUUCUUCUGUCUCUAUCCGCAGCAGCACGGCCUUCUAACUUUACUCUUCUGGCUCUUUCCAUCUUCCUGCUCUCUCUCCGUCGCUCCCCACCGCUUCCUUCUCUAGCCUCCCUCAUUCUCUCUGCUGAGUUGGCCCUACUGGCGCUUUUCUUCUCCUAUCUCUUCCUGCGUUCCUGCUGCUCACUCUCUCUCUCCACCUUCUUGUACCUCAGCGUCUGGGCCUCUGGGCUCUUCAGCCUGGGGCUCUCCCUCAGUCUUGGGAUCUAUUACAUUCCCAUGAUUCUAAUCUCGGCCUCCUUCCUCAGCUCUCCCUCUCUCUUUCUCUCACUUUACCUGGUGGUGGUGCUGAUUGUCCGGCCGGCCCGUGAGUUUCUCCAGCACGCUCCACGCAAAGUCAAUCGUCUCUGCAUGCGGUUCCUGUUCCGGCUGCCUCGCCCGCUCUUUGCCAUGUGCCAGUCAGUCAUGGGAAGUAUGGCAGAGCGAAAUCUCUACGAGAUGUUUCCGAAAGCUGGACGCAACUGGGGAGUUCGUCAGUCCAACAUUCCAGUUCCCCUGAAAAGUUUGCCUUUAGAGUAUCAGGCGCGGUGCAGGAGCUCCUCGCUGUGGAGCCGGGGCGUGCUCUGGGUCAGACGCUUCAGCAGGCGGCCCCUCGGGGUCCUGGCAGACAUGGCCAAUGCUGUGAUGGUCAAAAUUGCCAGACACGUGAUUAAAAAGCUUCCACCCAUAGUUCGGAGCGGAUUGACCACUCUCGGGCUGCUGAAGGAGGAGACACCGAGUCGGCUGCCCCGACUGCUUCCCCGCGAGGUCAGAGAGAAGAGGGCCAGAGAAAGACUAGCGAGAGAGAGGGAGAGACGGCGGAGAGAAGAGAGGGAGAAGAUGUUCUCUGACACCAGAUGGGAGUGUGGUCUGAGGAGAACUUCUUCAGGCAGAUUUGUGAGGGGGAAGGUCAGACCAUGGAGGUAGAAAUAGUUGAGAGCAAGUUGUUUAUGUGGCACCAGCGGUUCUGCGCCAAACAGAGGAACCUGCUGGCGUUUAGUCUCGCAAUCACGUUUCCUUUGAGAUAUUUCAAUGUUCAAAUCGGCAACUAUGUGGGGUUUUGCACUUGAAACAGUGAAUUUCACAAAAAUCCUCGAAUUGGGACUUGUGCUGUCGAAUAUUGAACCUAUGUGAACAUAUAUCGUGAGCUGAGAGCAGUUUUGCUGUGUGAUUCCUCUCAUGUAGCGGGAAUCCUCAUGCAACAUCUGGCAGCUAAACGAAGUGGUCCUUGUCUUCAUGGCAGAGUAUUCGGAUCAAACUGCUCUUUCCAAAUACGUGUGAAUAGUUACUUGCGUCACAACUACCUAGAAAUUGCAGAAUCGUUUUGUCUGUUCUGCUGUUGAGGAAGCUGCGAGUCUGUGCUGUGACUCAUACAUUUUCUGCAAUCCAGUGGCCGUUGAUCUUCUUUAUAUUUGUUCAGGUAAAUUUUCUUAAAAAUAAUUUUUUUUUGUUUUUGGGAGGGGCGGGAGGUGGAGUGAGGGCUUCAGUUACUGUAACCAAACCCAGUGACGCUUUAAACCUUUUAUUUUUGCUUUUUGUAAAAGUUUAUUUUCAUCACCAUCUUUUUUAUUAUUUUGCUCUUAUUUUCUAAGACAAGUAUUUAAUAGGUGUUUUUAAAUACCGCUGUGCAAUCGUAUGCUGUUUUUUUUGUUUGUUUUUUUAAGUUUAUGUGAUGAGGUGGAGACGGAGCUCUACGCUGAGAUCAAAUCAGUUCAAGACAGUUUUCUUGUCCGCCAUUUCAAUCUCCAAAAAAUGACUGAAGGAAAGUAGGUUAGAGAAUUUCACUAAAGUCAUGUUUGACACUAAAUCUGCUUAAGUGCAAUAAACAUCUGGAACAACAUUAGAUAGCAUCUGGUGGAAGAUUGAGAAUCAUCCAGAAAAUCACAGGGGAUGAUCUUAAGUCGUACAUGACAAUCAUAUAGACAGCAAGUUUGAAGUCUCGACGGUAUUGUAAGUAAGACACUCAAGUGAUUCUGGGUCUGUACAACUGACUCUCCCCCAAUUAGGUCUGAUGUUUCCUCAUCACGGUGAACUCCAUUUUGGCUCAUGCUGCUUGCUCCUAGUCCAAAUGAGCAUGAACUCAAACCGAAUUAUUUUCAGCCCUUGUCUUGUGAUCGUCAUGACACCUUACUGUACCAUUGCCCGUAAAUGGAGUAACUGUAUCUGGUGGGUAAACAGAAAUGCAGUCGGCAAACCAAAACCCUGCCGUUAUUUCAAUGGACAAUUAGUGUCUAUUGACUGUUCCUCAACGUUGAAUUUAAUUUAUAAUCGAUAUUCAGAGUAGCCGCCCCCCAUCUUGGUCCCCUCAGACUUGGCUGUUUGUGUCUUAUUUAUAAUAUGAUGAGGCUUUUGCUGUCCAUGUAAACGCUUUGAGACGCACGUGAUGAGCAAAACCUUUGUGUUUUAGCUAGAGAAACUAUUAUUAUUGCAGUUUCUGCAAUUUUAUUUGAUGAUUUACCAUGUAAACUGAUAUAUUUUCAUAUAAACCUGUAGCCAUCGAGUGCCUUGUGAAAGAUGUCGGCAUGUUGUUCAGUAGCAGGUCGUGCGGUAGAGACAAUCUGUGCUUUAAAAUGAAUUAAUAUAUAUUUGAAACCAGUGUAGCCUUAUUUAUAUGAAGCCAUAGAGACAAUCUCUUGAUGCAGAUUUAUCAGUCCAAAGAUUGGUGCAACUACUGAAUGUGAAAUUUUGGUUGGAGCGAUUCUCCAUCAGAAGAAGAGUAGAAUUAGCUGCAGUUAGUCUGACCUAAAUAUUGAAAGGGUUGUUUUCAUUGAAGGUUAAAUUCAAAGCUUACUUGAAAAUGAAGGAUUUUCACAUUUUGAUUUGACAAAUAUAUUUUCAUAUUGCUCAUGAAUGUCACUUUAUCUGCCAUGGUCCAUCCAAAUAUACUCAAGCUUUUUCCUGUUCCACUGUCUGUUCACGUUUGUAUCCUCCCGAGUGUUUGAGCUUCUGAAUUUAAGUUCUGCAGUAUUUUUAAGUAAGUUCUGUGUUGUACUUCCCAAGUUCUUAUUUCUUCACUUCCAAAUAAAUUUGUUUGUGUUCAA